CUGGUAAGAGCCAUGCAAUUCUCUCCGGGCUGUUUGGUGUUGCUGUUCUCCCUUUUCCAUAGUGCACCUAGAGCUCCGGCCACUGUGGUUGAGGACUUCAACCAUGUAGAACGAUGCAAGGACUCCUUAUACAUGGGAACCCCACCACGGGGAAUCAUUGAUGCCAAACUGAAGAAGAUUUGUCAGCGCUAUGCAGACAAGCCACGCUUCGUGACCCUGUACGACCCUCAGAAACGAAUCCCUGUCUACUCAGCCUACUCCUUCAAGAAGACAGAGGGAGACCGGCGCGUGGACUACCCCUGGAUGUAUGAACCACAGCUGGCAGAGGUUGAUGGCAAUGGAAACAUGCUACCCUUCCCUACCGGCUACCUGCACAUGAAGUUUGAGGACAGCCAAGCAGUGCUGGAUGACUACUCUGACGUAGUACUGUAUGAACGUGGCCACCUGAACCCAGACCAGCACCAGUCUGACCCUCAUGACCGUGCCUCCACUUACACCCUGACCAACGUGGUGCCAGAGAUCAGAGAGUUCAACAUUGGGCCGUGGCGUGAGCACGAGGAGCGUAUCCGUAUCCGCCUCAACAACUACUGCCGUGGCACCGCCUUCAUUGUCACAGGGGUGACCACUACAGGUCACAUGAUUCGCCGGAACAACCAGGACCGCGUGGCCAUCCCUGAGGACGUGUGGACUGCCUACUGCUGUACUGACUACGACCGCAACGCCCCCCACGAUGUCCGCAUCCGCUUCCCCUCCCAGGCUGCCCUGGCCAAGAACGCCAAGGAAGGCAACACGGUCCACGAGAUAACUGUCCAGGACUUGGAGAACUUCCUGAAGACCCGGAUGGACGUGGACCAGAACCUGCAGCUCUUCUAUGACAACUGCAUCUCCCCCUCUCCUCUCCCUCUGUACCUCCACCACACCAUCUAAACGCUCCCCAGCAGCUACCAUACACACCUACUCUGUGUGCUCUGUGUAUCUCAAAUGUGUAUGCUCAGUGCGCUAGUAGUUUUUAUAAUGAUUAAAUAUGAUGUACACUGGCAGUUUGUUAAAAGUUUUGUACUUGUAACAGAACAUUCAUAGCAUUUGGAUAUGCUUUUAUUAUCUAAGAUCUGCUUUGCAAAUGACUUCUGUUGUAGUGUAGGGUAAUUGUCCUUCCAAAUGACUUCUGUUGUAGUGUAGGGUAAUUGUCCUUCCAAAUGACUUCUGUUGUAGUGUAGGGUAAUUGUCCUUCCAAAUGACUUCUGUUGUAGUGUAGGGUAAUUGUCCUUCCAAAUGACUUCUGUUGUAGUGUAGGGUAAUUGUCCUUCCAAAUGACUUCUGUUGUAGUGUAGGGUAAUUGUCCCUCUAUUUUCUGUAUUUCUAGCACUCUUUUUAAAUGCAAUUGGCUUUGUUGCUAUCUGUCCCCUUAUAAAACAGCUCAGUGGCAUUCAAAUACAAUGGUGUAGUGUGUCAACCAUUCAUGGAAAGGUGUUAUCUGCGCAUAGUUGGAAAGUGGUUGUAAAAUGGACUAUACCAUCAAAGGCUGUAAAGAGUGUAUCUUCUUUGAAUAAAACAAAUGAGUUCUCUGA